AUGUCAGACUCAGCCCAGGAUACACAGACGACACCGAAUACUCCAGAAUUAUUGAGUGACGAGGCAGUGAACUAUAUCGAAAAGCAUGGGACGGAAGAUAACCUUAUCAUCAUCUACUAUGGAGGUCACGCGACCAUCAAUAAUUCUCGACAAGCCACUUGGUCUUGCAAUGAGGAUAUCUCCCAUGCUUCUGUGCGCUGGUCCGCCAUUCAAAGUGUUUUCGAAGAGUCAAAGUCCGAUGUGCUGUAUCUUUUGGACUGUUGCUCUGCUGCAGGUGCAGCCCCAUCUGCUGGACCGGGUGUCAUCGAAACGAUCGCUGCUACUGAUUUCGAAACAUGGGCACCCGGUCCAGGUCGCUAUGCCUUUACGAAUGCUCUUCUUCACGUUUUAGAUGAAUGGAUGCACCGGUCCUCAUUUUCAGCGGCUAUGCUUCACAGCGAGAUUCUCUCUGUUCUUAAGCACGAGAAACCCCCAAAAUUUUAUCAUGGCGAUCCAUACAACCCGGAAAACCGGAAGACGCCAAUUUACAUACUCGCUUCCGAGGAUCCCAAAUCUCUAAGCAUUGAGAUAUGUCGACGCACUACUCCAGGCAAUAGUUGGGCUGGCACCUUGUCUUCAGGGACAGUGGACGCUACAGAUAUAUACUCCCCGGAAAACUUGCACGGUUUGACACCAGAGGGCAAGUUGGCGGUGCCACACGUGCUCAUAUCUAUUGCUUUAGAGGAGAAUCAGUUAGUGGAUGUAGAGGCCUGGCAUAAAUGGAUUCGGCAGUUUCCCGCGUUGGCACAAUUCGCCCUUGUGGAAGGGGUAUUUGCGAGCCAUUCCACUAUUAUUCUUCUCUCAUUGCCAGUGCUAAUAUGGGAUAUGCUUCCUGAAAAUCUGGCGGUAUCUUUUGUGGCAUUCGUGGAAUCUAGAAACCUUCUAUCUCAAAUAUCUGAAAAGCUGGGCGUGGAAGUUCAAAAACAGCAGCAGCCACCGAAGGAGUUCCGAGGUAGACCAGAUUCAGACACGCUUCAAAUUCCACCCCCGUUACCCCUCAUUCAACAAAUUGAGCAAGCUCUGCAUAAACAAAAGCAACAAACGAUGAAGGAUUGGGAAACCCAUUUUCAAAAGGAAAAAGUUCGUCUUGAAGCAAAAGUUCAAGAUGCUCGCGACGACGCCCAGAAGAAAGAGGUUGAACUUUUGCAGGAAAGAAAUCACAGAGAAACAUUGGAAAAGGAUAUCAAGGAGAUGGAAAGAGAUAUGAAGGAGAUUAAGAAGGAAAGUCAAGUUAUAAAGGAGGAAGCCAGAAGAGCGUGGGAAGAGCUGGGUCGAUAUGAGCGUGAAGAAAGAGAUAGAACAAGAAUGCUCGGGGAUGGUCAACCAACCACCAUUGGUGGAAUACAAGUUAUCCCGAUGGGCCCAGCAGACGGCUUGAAUCCGAAGGAAAAUAGGGGACGUGUUCUUGGGGAUGUGGCUGCUUGGGUAGGAGACGUCAAAUCCGAGACGUUUCCACUGCCUAAUGGACGAGAAGGCUCAAGAGCAAGAGGACCUCCCGAUCUAUUAGUUGAACGACAAUAUCAAGAGCUUGAGGGUAUUCACGUAACAGGACCAAAACAUCCCGCGAAGCAUCUUCAGGAAACUUAUCCUAAUCACACUGUUGAACUAUCCUCACCCAUCCACGAUAAAACUAACGAUAUGGCAUUUGAUGUUCCCCUGCCUCGUCCACCACCAGGAUUAGCCAAACCAAAAUCCAACGCUUCUCACCAAAGAUUUAUUAAAGAUGAAAAAAGCAUUGCCUCAUUCAAAUCCAUCGCUAGCGGAGUGCUAUCACCACCCGAUAGCGUUGGGAGUGAUGAGAUAGAUGAAUCGACCCACGAGGAAUACGAAAGUGCCUUGAGUGGUGCUGGUGAUGAAGAUUUUGGCAGGGGAGACCGCGGUUCUGUGGAUUAUCUUCAGGAGUUUCUUGACGCAGGAGAUGAUGCACCUUGGAACCUUCCACGGCAAAGUAUCAUAGUGGGUAAUGGUUCAUUACCUCAAGACAACAGAGAUAACCAAGGCAAGAUACCGGAGAAAGUUUUUGAUCCAGAUCAAGUCACCCUUGAGCCCAAGUCUUAUAGAGCGGAAAGCAAACACGAGCCCACAAAACCGAAAGAUUCACACCCCACCGCUUUACUUGAUUGGGAAAGACGUGGGAUGCAACAAAAGUUGGCUGAGCAUACCCUGCCGAGACCUAACGCAGAAACCGCAUUAGAGCCUACUAGCCCUGAACCUACGAAAGUCAAAGAUGUCGAUCCCUUUACCUUACAAGCCUUAGAGAAGGGCCUAGCGCAGGAAGUAGUCGAGCGCGUUUUACCAGGAGACGUUACCCCGCCUCGUAAAAGUCUCGAACUCGCUCCACGAGCAGAUGUUGGUCCUCUAACGUUACAAGCACUCAAAACGGACGAAAAGGUUGGGAACAAAAAGGCAAUGGCUUCAAUGGAAGAGGCUUUCAAAAUACUAAGGAUACCCGAAAUGGAAGAACUGAAAAAGGAGCCAGAAAUGACGAGGAAGAAUUCGGAUGGUUCUGGCACAGGCAAAGUUCCUUGGGACAGCGAUGAAAAGAGUGUAGGGAGGACCGAAUCAGUGAAACACAGCAAAGGAAAGAGUAGUACGAAAAAGGCAUUUGAAGCGGUUGAUGAUGCUAGGAAGAAGCGGAAGAAGUGGAAGCUUUUAAUGAGAUUGAGAAAGGGACAAAAGGAGAAGAAACGCAAAGAUGAGGAAAAAGAAAAGCCAAAACGAGAUGCAGAUGAGAAGGAUGCCGCAAAAGUAUCUUCAGGCCGUGAUGCAGACCCCAAACCUCCAAUAGUUGUGGGACACAAGCAUGACGGCAAGGACUUGUUAGUAGAUGGUGAAAAGGCGCUUUCGGCAGUUGACGAUGCAAUCAGAAAGCUGGUAGCACCAGAGCUCGAAGGACUCAAACGAACGGAUUCUCAUAAAAGUCACAAAAGCCACAAAAGUGCGAAAAGCCAGAGGUUCGAGAGAUCGAAGAUGAGCGAGAGCACAAAUCAAGAGCCUCUCCCAAAACGUGAUGAAUCUCCAAUUAAGGAAAAAGGCCAUCACAGACAGCAAUCGAUACCAAAAUCCGAUGACAACCCUGCUAGAGAGACAAAAGAAACGAAUCCGAAGUCGCAGAAAGCGACCCAUGUCAAUCAGCUGAAAGAAGGGGAAACGAAUUCAAACUUACCCCUCCAGAAACAAAAGAGUGAUAGAGGCUUGUGGUGGAUGGAAAGAAAACCUCCUAGCCAUCAACGAGAAGAACAAACCCGAGAACAUUUGCCACCAUAUUCACAGAAGGACAAAGGAAAAGCUCAGGAUGUGACCUUGGAUCCUGUUCCCACGCCUCCUCUCGAUUUGUCACCAGAAGCAGAGGACAAGCACGAAAUAGGCAUUCUACCUCAUGAACUAGAUGUGCACACUUGGCGGGGUUUUAAGUUUGCUAACAGAGACGUGACACCAUCCAUGUCUUCACUUCCAACUGCUAUGCCUCGUUCAAGCCUCAAUACUAGCACAAUUGCAUCCAGCCCCAACAAUCCAUGGUCUCAAUCAGAGAAUUCUUUCGGCACCGUCCUCCCGCAGCGUAACUCACUAGAUUAUUCACGCGAUCCACGCCUCUCAUUGGAUUUUUCACGAAACGGAUCCCCUCACAGCCAAGCUUCUUCUACCAGUAAUCGCCACAUCUACAACCAAUUCUCACCAAAUUCCGAAGAUCGUGAACGUCCCUUUUCCACCCCAACGAUCCCUACACCUCUUGCUAGGGGUCCUUCAAUUCACCAAUCCCCACCAUUUUACCCGGCUGAAUUGCCGGCGUUCCCGCAUUCUCUUCCAUUAUCCCGCUCAAAUUCAAAUUCUAAUGCGCAACCCCCGCGUUAUCUGCAACCGGAUAGAGAUAGAAGAGAAGGUAGACUUUCAACUCAAGCAUCAUAUUUGACACAGCCGCUUCCAUCGCCAUCGCCAUCGGAAACAGAAACGCUGUUGAAGAAUCUUAUAUUACCAGAAUUAGAGACAUUAGAGAAGGGUGAGAGGGCUAGAAGGGAGGAGGAGGAGAGGAGUAGGAGGGAGUGGGAGAGGGAGUUUGGGAUUUUACCUGAGCUGUAG